GAGAUGCUCACGCAAGAAUGCCCUAAAACCACCUAAUAAUCUCUCCUGAUAUGGUGAAAGGACAGUUGUACUGCAGGUGAGGUGAGCGAACAAAUUUUGCGUGAAUGGAUUAAAAUUCCAGGCAAAGUGAGAAAGCAAACAACUUUACCAAACUCAACAAAUCCAACCUCUCUUCACAGAAAACAUCCAUGUUUAGGGCUUUGAAAUCUUCGCAUUUUCAAAACCCUAAUCCUGUUACUGGCGUUGAUCAUAACUUGUUUAAGCCUCACAGAUCAAGUGUGUUCGUCCGCUAAUCCUAGGCCUAGCUCUCGAAUCGAUCAGAUUAAAUCAUUCACAAUUUCUCGAACCAAUCUUCGAAACCCUAACAAAUUUCCAGAACCCAAGGGUUUUGGUUAAAAAAAUCCCAGGAAAUGGCGAUAAUCGGAGACGCCCUUCGGCAAGCGUUCAUGCCGAAGCGCGAGUACGAGAGUCUCCGCGACGAGGACAGAGCUUGGCUUCGAUUACAGAGGCCUCUGUCGAUGGCUGGAUUGGCAUUCAUUUCACUCGCGAUUGUAAUCUCCACUUGGAUUAGCCUCAGCAUAGUGUUUCCCAGCGACGGCCUCAAGCGGCCCUUCUGCGUCGAUUUGCGGCUCCAGCCUCUAUCAAUUAACGCCAGCGACGGCGACGGCGGUGGGGAAUCUGAGGAUCUUUUUUCGAGUGCGUUUUAUCUUACGGAUCAAGAAACUGUGGAUUAUUACUGGAUGGUGUUGUUCGUUCCUUCCACAUUGCUCUUCUUCGCCUCCGCGGUUUAUCUAUUGGCAGGAAUUACUGUUGCUUACACUGCUCCAACAAGACAUUGGUGUUUAAAGGUUGUUGAGAAUAACUACUGUGCGUCAAAAAGGGGUGGAGUGCGCUGCUUAUCCGUACUAAAUGCUGCUUUUGCCAUCAUUUUUGGUCUUCUUGCAAUAAUCCUUGGCUCAAGCCUCGUCACAUUAGGGAGCAGCUGCUCCUUGGCUUUGUUUUGGUGCUAUGAGAUUGCAUCGUGGGGAUUGGUCAUUCUCUAUGGGGGGACUGCUUUCUUCCUAAGAAGUAAAGCGGCUGUAAUUCUUGGUGAGGGCAAUUUUUCUGGUCGGAAUCUUGGGUUAGAAAUGUUGGAAGCAUAUCCUGCGGAAGUCACACCAGAGGUGGAGAGGCAUGUUAAUGAAGGUUUUAAGACAUGGAUGGGAUCAUCUUUGCUAUCCUCUGACGAGGAGGAUGAACCUGACGACUACCAGGAAGUACUUCAUCCAGUCGGCACAAAUUUGAACAGGCAAAGAGUGUGAUUGCAUCCUUAAGUCAAGUUUUGUCCGACACGGUUGGGAAGAAUUGUUCUUCUCUUCUUUCUAGAAGAGUCUUCUUGAUCAGAACUGUUUAUGCAUCUAUAGUCACAGACAUCAAAGCAGCAGUGUCCAUCUUGUUUGAACACACAAACUGGUUUGCAAAUGCAUCAAAGGACUGCAACUUACCCAACUUUCGGCUUUCACUGGUAUUUGAAGUUCAAUCCUGGAAUAUUGAAGGCGUCAAUUUUAUGACUGAGUUAAUGCUACUGACGCAACUUGAAUGUGGUGUUAAACGAGGGGGCUGUUGCAUCAGUUCUAGGUAUUGUUCAUAAUUUGUAAAGAGUUUACUAGAGGAAAUCAUACGUUUCUCGUGUGUGAGUGUGUGUGUACUACAAACCUGAUUCUUCUAAAGGGAAGCAUUUUGUUUCCUCUUGCUGAGCUUGUUCGGUACUUUGAUUUCAGAGUUUUGUUAAUUGACUGAUAAUAUGUAUGUUCUAGUCAUCAUCGAUGUUCUUGUGCUUCUGUCAUGUUAUAAUAGCCAGCUAAAAUUAGAGUUGCAUGCUUAACGUUUA